CUCAGGUUUAGAAGCAGCCUGGCAGGCAGGCACUGGAGCCAAAAUGAAGGUCCCUGCCCACAUCGGCAGCAUUGUGCUAGUCUUGCCCUUGCUGCUGGCUGUCCUUCAGACUGCCACGGCACAAAAGAAUGGCAUCCAAAUCUACAGCCUCACAGUGGACUCCAAGGUCUCUUCUCGAUUUGCCCAUACAGUCGUCACCAGCCGGGUAGUGAACAAGGCUGAGGAAGCGCAGGAGGCCAUCUUUGAGAUGGAGCUGCCCAAGAAAGCCUUCAUCACCAACUUCUCCAUGAUCAUCGAUGGUGUGACUUACCCAGGGAACAUCAAGGAGAAGGCCACAGCCCAGAAGCAGUACAGUGAGGCUGUGGCCAGAGGAGAGAGCGCCGGCCUUGUCAAGGCCACCGGGAGAAAGAUGGAGCAGUUCCAGGUGUCGGUCAGUGUGGCUCCCGCUGCUAAGGUCACCUUUGAGCUGGUGUAUGAGGAGUUGCUCAAGCGGCAUCUGGGGGUGUAUGAGCUGCUGCUGAAAGUGCGACCCCAGCAGGUGGUGAAGCACCUGCAGAUGGACAUUCACAUCUUUGAGCCUCAGGGCAUCAGCUUCCUAGARACAGAAAGCUCUUUCAUGACCAACGAACUAGCAGAUGCCCUCACUGUCUCCCAGAACAAGACCAAGGCUCACAUCCUGUUCAAGCCAACACUGUCCCAGCAGCAAAAGUCUCCAGGUCAGCAGGACACAGUCCUGGAUGGCAACUUCAUUGUCCGCUACGAUGUGACCCGAACCCUCUCUGGAGGCUCCAUUCAGAUUGAGAAUGGCUACUUCGUGCACUACUUUGCCCCCGAGGGUCUGCCCACAAUGCCCAAGAAUGUAGUCUUUGUCAUUGACAAGAGUGGCUCCAUGAGUGGCCGGAAAAUCCAACAGACCCGGGAAGCCCUCAUCAAGAUCCUAAGUGACCUUGGCCCCAAAGACCAGUUCAACCUCAUCACCUUCAGCAGUGAAGCGACCCAGUGGAAGCCACACCUGGUUCCAGCCUCCACUGAGAACGUGGACGAGGCCAAGAGAUAUGCUGCCGGCAUCCAUGCAUUAGGAGGGACCAACAUCAAUGAGGCAAUGCUGACGGCUGUGAGGCGGCUGAAGAGUGACAACCAGGCCGAGCUGUUGUCUGAAGGGAGUGUUUCCCUCAUCAUCCUGCUCACUGAUGGCGACCCCACCAUGGGGGAGAUCAAUCCCACAAAGAUCCAAAAGAAUGUUCAGGAAGCCAUAGAUGGCCAGUACAGCCUCUUCUGCCUGGGCUUUGGCUUUGACGUCAGUUACGCCUUCCUGGAGAAGAUGGCUCUGGACAACGGCGGCCUGGCUCGGCGCAUCUAUGAGGACUCAGAUUCUGCCCUGCAGCUACAGGACUUCUACCAGGAGGUGGCCAACCCCCUGCUGACAACAGUGGCCUUCCAGUACCCAAGCAAUGCUGUGGAGGAGGUCACGCAGGACAACUUCCGACUCUUCUUCAAGGGCUCAGAGAUGGUGGUGGCUGGCAAACUCCGAGACAAGAGCCCUGAUGUGCUGUCAGCCAUAGUCAAGGGGAAGAUGCACAAGCAGAAUGUCACCUUCCAAACUAAGUCCAGUGUGGCCAAGCAGGAGGAGGAGUUUCAGAGCCCCAAGUACAUUUUCCACAACUUCAUGGAGAGACUCUGGGCAUACCUGACUAUCCAGCAACAGCUGGAGCAGAUGGUUUCAGCAUCAGAAGCCGAAUCACAGGUCCUCAAAGACCGAGCUCUGAAUUUGUCACUUGAUUACAACUUUGUCACUCCUCUCACCUCUAUGGUGGUCACCAAACCCGAAGGCCAAGAACAGUCUCAAGUUGCUGAGAAACCUGUGGAAGAUGAUAACAGACACAAGAAUAUCAAUACAGGCUACAAUCUUUACAGACACAGCAUAGGACUCCAAGGGUCCAGAAUAACAGGUAACGGCUCUGGAUUUCUCAGAAGAAGAGGAUUCAGUAAGCAAGGAAUAGUUUCCAACUCCCCACAAAGGUUCGGCGCUAGAGUUGCUGACUCUACUGAGAGAUUAGUACAAAGAGGACCACCUGGGGAUCCUUUUCAUUUCUCCCAUUUACAGAACAUGGAGGACUUGGUAUUCUCGCCACCACUGAUUCCCUUGGAUCCCCAUAAAUCUUUGUUGCAUGGCAUGGAAAUUCAAAACAAAGGACCAGUUGUGACGAUAGCUCCACCCUCAGCCCCCAUCCAGGCUCCUCCUGUCCUCCUGACGCUGCCUGGGCCCAGCAUCGACAGGCUCUGUGUGAACAUCAAGCACUCCCAGGAGCCCAUGAACCUGCUCUCAGACCCUGCCCAAGGGAUUGAGGUGACUGGCCAGUAUAAUACAGAGAAGGCUUGUUUCCACUGGAUUGAGGUGACCUUCAAGAACCCCCAGGUGCGUGUUCAUGCAUCCCCUGAACACGUGGUAGUGACACGGAACCGAAGAAACUCUGCUUACAAGUGGAAGGAGACGCUAUACUCAGUGUUGCCUGGCUUAAAGAUGACCAUGAACAAGACAGGGCUUCUGAUGCUCAGUGGUCCAGACAAAGUCACCAUCAGCCUCUUGUCCUUGGAUGACCCUGGGAAGGGUCUCCUGCUCCUUCUGCGGGACACUGACCAUUUCUCCAGCCACGUCAAUGGGACCCUAGGCCAGUUUUACCAGGACGUGUUGUGGGAGACACCAGAAGGGGCAGACGACAACAAACGGAUACUGAAGGUUCAGGGAAAGGACUAUUCUGCCACCAGAGAGCUCAAGUUGGAUUACCAAGAGGGGCCCCCAGGAAAAGAGAUUUCUUGCUGGUCUGUGGAGCUGUAGUUCUGACAGAAGAAUCCUGUACCCUGCUGCAGGGCCACCUAUGGGGUCUAGAUCACAAUGCAGAGGGGGAUUCCUACUGGUUUCAAAUAAAGAAAG